UAGAGGAUCUGCUUCUUGAUUCAUCCUUCAACAGUCAGCUCAUGAAUAUUAUAAUGAACUGCCUUAAAAUCUGUGCCAUUGGAGGAAACAUUCCCGGCAAAAGAACAAUGUGAUUGAGUUUACUUGUGAAUGUUUCAUGGCUUGUUGUCAUUUUUACGGCUUCAAAAUGAUAAGUUGCAAAAUGGCUGUUGAUUAGUUAUCAAAGAUUGAAUUAUCAUACAUUUAUGUCUGCAAAGUAACACAGCUUCAUUGACUUUUAUUAUGUGCAGUAUAAUAGACAAGAUUUUCAUUCAUUCAUUGAAAGCCUCUGCAUUAUAAAUAUUCACGCAUCGCAACAUGAGAUAUCAUUAGCGCAAUAGGCACCAACGGUUGACAGUCACCUGGAUAUCAUCUAUUGCAUCAAAUAAUACGAUAAAGUAUAGGGAAGAAGGAUAAUGAAUCACUCUAUGGUAAAUUUGAACAUUUCUGGGGCCAAUGGAACUGUUAUACAUAUGGGAGAUACUGUGAGAUACUAUGGCUUUAUUUACAUUUUAGGGAUUUGCUGUAUUUGUCUCUGCUACAACAUACAUUGGUUGUACUUCAUGUAUAAAGUGAAGACGCUUCACACACGUGAUAAUUACUUUCAUAUUCACCUGGCUGUUAUUCAUAUGAUUGGUACAGUAAAAGCGAUGAUAAUGAGCCCCUUCUAUGUACAAUUAGAGCAGAGACACCUAAUGGAGAAAACCAGCAUUACAUGCAUGAGUAUCGUGCUACUCUCGACAAUAGGAGCAAUUAGACUUUGGAGACUCUCGCACCCAUACAAACAGAUUCCAUUAAAGGUUGUGGUUAUUAUGUCGAUUUUACCAUGGGUAUGUUUGUUGUUCCUUACGACUAUAGAUGGCAUUGUCACUCAUGGGUUCCUGAUGGUACGAUGGCCACUUAUAUGUUGCAGCUCAGUGGUAAUGGGAGCUAUCUAUAUACGGAUGAUUAUUGUUCUAUAUAAGAAGAACACUAAAAUUGAUAUACAGCCAACUCAUGUAUCUCAUGGAGAUAUUUUGCCUCGAUGUGACAUAUCUCACAUUUUUUCAGUCGAAACAGAAAUAAAUAAAAUGCAGCUACCAUUUCGGCCACUGUCCUCUAACAGUGCGAGGAAAUACACUGUCCGUAAUAGAACUGAACUAACGAAAUCUAAAAGCAGAAUCCAAAGCGAUGCCCACCGUGCUCUCAUGAGAGAAUACAAAGCAAUGAUCAAGCACAACUUUAUUAUACUCUGGAUAUUUUUCCUACAUGUUGUUCUCUUCAGUAUAAAAGCUUGGCAACAUUCCCGUUCAAAUGUGACAAUUGAUUUCAUAUACUUCCACGUUACGCUACUCACGUAUAACAUCAUGCCAGUCAUCUCUUUCUCUAAGAGCAAAAGUUUGAGAAACGAAUGUAGGAAACUUUACAGUUGCUGUUCCAAUUAAUCCAAACUACUUUAAUUGAAGCUUGAAACAAUCAUAAGAUACUUUGUGUUGUAAUUAUGUCUUAAUGGGUAGCAUAAUUUACAUAAUGGAAAUUGUUUGGAUAUUUGAAGUAAAAAUCCAAAAUGUAACUGACAGUACCAAAUUUGCUGUAGAUAACUACUUAUACCACACAUGUAAUAGUUUAAUAAAACAUUCUGUUUAGAAUUGUAAAUUGCUAAAUGUGCGGGACACAUUUUAAAUAAAAUAUAACAAUUAUAUUUUUCUACUGUUAUGUGCCCUGGAGGCUGUCAUUUGGAUUAUAAUCAAAGCUAAUAAAAAU